GGCCGACGCUCCGAGGGCCAGAGCUCGCCAAUGACGUCACACAAAGCGACCCACCCGGCCCGAGCCGCAGACGCAAAACCUUCAGCGUCAGUCCGAAUGCCGCGUCUGUUACAAUAGGCAAUUCGGCGUGGCCAAAGGAAGAUUUUGCUGAGAAAUCGACGUGCUGAGUGAGCAUCUUGAUGUCCGGUCGAGGAUUGAGUGAUGGCGUAUAAAGAGCCCCGUAUAGGCGUUCAGUCCCUUGUCUGUCAACGGGCUAAUUUUCUUCCUUGACUCUUCUUACCAUGGAGGUCUCCCCAGCACUGUUCAGGCCGAAAUACCAUCGGGAGCCGUACGCGGCACUCAACUCAACCGCAGCUGCUGGGAAGGUAGUCGUGAUUACUGGUGGCGGUAGCGGGAUUGGAAGGGCAACUGCGAAAACGUUUGCAGAAUCUUCCGCGAAGGCAAUCGUCUUGCUUGGGAGGCGGGAAUCGAGGCUUCUCGAAACGAAACGCGACCUAGAGGCAAUCUUUGGGAAGCAAGGGAACACAACUUCUUCUGUGUCAACAUAUUCCACGGAUAUAACGGACGUUGCCUCGGUGAAUGCGACCUUCAAAAGCAUCGCGGACAGGUUUCGAGCGGUCGAUGUCCUCAUAAAUAAUGCCGGUUACCUGCCAGAUUUAGCGCGAUUUGAUCAAUCGGACUUUGACGAUUGGUGGUCGGCCUUCGAAGUCAACGUAAAGGGACCGGCAAAUACUGUCCGAUCAUUCCUUCAAAUCGCCUCUCCGGGUGCAACUUUGAUUAAUAUCACAUCAAAUCUUGCCCAUCUGCCCCCGUAUCCCGGGACAUCCGCAUACACGGCUUCAAAAAUAGCGACGGUUCGGUUUAUGGAGUUCAUCCAACAAGAACACCCGCAUCUUCGUGUAUUCAACUUACACCCAGGCCUCAUUGCGACAGAAAUGAGUGCAAAAUCAUCCACAGAGAGCUCUCAAGAGAGUGUUGACCUUCCGGCAAAGUUUUGCCUCUGGCUUGUGGAUCCCAAAGCUGAUUUCCUAAAGAACCGACUGGUGUGGUCCAGUUGGGACGUUGACGAGCUGGAACAAAGGAAAGAAGAAAUUGUGCAAGGGAGCCUCCUGACCGUUGGAUUGAAAGGUUUCUAG